AUGUCGAAUUUAUCAAAGCUUGAGUUCGUGGCACUUGACAUUUCUGGAAAUAAUUACUUGUCAUGGAUACUCGACACUGAAACUCACCUUGACGCUAGAGGUCUUGGUACCACUAUUACAAAUGGUAAUACAUCGUUGAGUCAGGACAGAGCGAAGACAAUGAUUUUCCUUCGUCAUCAUCUGGAUGAAGGAUUGAAGCAGCAAUACCGUGAAAGGGGAUUUAAAAAGUAUUUUGAGCUGAUCUCAUGCCUUCUUGUGGCUGAGCAACAUAAUACUCUUUUAUUGAAAAAUCAUGAGGCCCGUCCUACGGGAACUGCUCCGUUACCGGAAGCAAAUGAAGUUGAAGCACAUGGCCAGUCUGAAAGAAGACAAAAUACAAAUCAUGGUCAAAAUAAUGUGUGUGGACGUGGCAAUGGCAGAGGACGAUAUAAUAAUCGUCGUGGUGGUGGUCGCCAAAAAAGGGAGAACAAUAUGGGUUCUCAAAGCAAUCCUUCAAGAGGCAAUUGUCAUCGUUGUGGCAUGCAAGGAUAUUGGAAGAAUGAAUACUGA